UUGAAAUUUUUCCUGCAGAAUGGAUUCCUCUCAGAACUCCCCAAAUUUACGGCCCAAUGAGUCAGGGACUGGCAGCGAUGUCGGAUCUCUCUCCCCGCCAAACGUCUCGGAACCCAAUCUCGUGCCGAGUCCUACAUCCGAGCACUCUGUGCCACCCCAAACCGAAUCAGAGCCGAGUCCCCGGGCUCCGACGCCACCGCCUACAAGAGAGACCGAGGAGACCGAACAUGCCUACUGGGCCGAACUCCAAGAGGAUACAUCCACACCGGAUGAGGAGGAAUUGAAGGAGAUCGAUGGUGCCGAAGCGGACUACAGUGCUUGUGACCACACAUACUGGGAGAGCAAUUUCUUUCGGGAGUUGGAUGACCCAGAAUACAAGCCUAGAGAGAAGGCCCGCCUGACAUGGAAGUUCAAGGGCGUUCGAGGCACACCCGAGGCCCCCAACCGUGCAAAGGUUAUGCGCUCUCCGCCAGCUUUCAUUGGUGGAUAUUGGUGGCGAAUCAAGUUCUUUCCCCGCGGCAACAAUGUGGGUUCGCUGAGUAUCUACCUCGAGUGCUCGCCUACAAUGCCCGGCCCAGACGACGAGCUUCCGGCAACUGAAUUUACGAUUCGUCGAGGCGAACCUGGCACUAACCUCAAUGAGACCCUACCCGAUGCAUAUGUGCAAACACCCGCCACAGCCGACUCUGCUGCAUGGCUAGAUAAUUUCAGGUCGUGUUAUCCUGCUGCAGCAUCUGCUCCUCAGGGAAGUACCGAACCAGCGUCCGAUCCAUGGCGGGUAUCGGCACAGAUCGGUGUCAUCGUCUACAACCCCGAUGAGCCAAGAACUGGAUGGAUGCAGUCCUCGUGCCACCAAUUCAACCCAAACAACCUGGAUUGGGGCUGGACUUACUUCCAUGGCCCUUGGGAUCAAAUUCACAGCCGUCGACGCGGCCAGCAUCGCGCUCUGCUCAACAACGAUACGCUGGCGUUUGAUGCUUAUAUUCGAGUAGUUGAUGAUCCCACGAAGUCCUUAUGGUGGCAUCCCAGUGACUCCGAGCCAACAUGGGACAGUCUUGCACUGACUGGCUACCGGCCACUUGGAGACUCGGUCAUUAACCACAGCGCCGAGGUUGCGGGACUUGCCUCCUGGUUGCACAUUGCGCCUUUCUGUAAGAUCAUUCAGAGUGUCGAUGUCCUGGAACAUCUCACGAACUGCGAUGCGAAGCCGAAGCCCUUGUGCGAUGCUAUGCAGAAGUUGUUGUGGCAGCUGAGGUGUCGCACCAAGUCGCUUCAAUACGUGGACACUGAUGGCAUUACCUCCACCUUGCGCAACCUGCGUGAGUUCUCGGGUGAUGUGUCAGAGUUCUGGGAGCGGUUACGCCGUACUUUGGAGCUGGAACUCGCAGGCACAGAUGCUGGCAAAGAACUUGCCAAGUUGUUUGAUAGCCCGUCGCCCAAGUCUCUGCCAGCCAUGAACGAUGCAGAGAUCAUUAACACUUUGCCGACUGAUUUCAAUUCUCGCAUCUGUGUGCAGUCCGACCAAGUCAAGUCGACAGGAGAAGCUAUGAAAGGCUACCUGGGUGCCAAGCCUGGUCGCUGGUCACUCCCUCCGAUCUUGCACGUGGAACUUGGUCGCCAAACCCUCGAUAAGACCAUGCGCUGGCAAUUGAACUUCAGCAGGGUGGAUCUAGAUGAGGAGCUGGAUCUCAGACCGUGGGUGGUUGAUGGUCAAGGCAGCAAAUAUGUUCUCUAUGGAUAUGUGGUUCACCGCGGUCGUCGCACUUCCAGCAAGUUUUUCAGUAUCCUUCGCCCUGCUGGUCCAGGGACUAAGUGGCUGGCAUUCGAUGAUGGCAGUGAUAACCGCGUCGAAUGCUUGACCCAGAAGACUGCCAUGGGCGCUCAUCUUGGUCUUGAUCCGUCCCAGACCGUGGACCACAAGAAGGGCCACGAUAUCCCGGUUGUUGCGAUGUACGUGCGCAGCGACAUGGUUUCAGAGCUUCUGCCCGGUCCUCAGGGACCGUGGGAAGUGCCAGACAGUCUGAAGGAGUACUACGAGACGGGCGUUUACAGCCCCAGCUCUGAUGCCAAUGACAAGUCAUUGAACGGGGAAGUCCAGGUUGAAGUAUAUUCUCUGCCCGAGUAUGAUCACCUAGACAGCCUUUUCGAUACAUACGACCUCAUGUCGAAUGCUAAGUCGAACAAUGGGGUCAUGUAUAUGACUCUGCCUCGUUCAUCUCGCUUAGCCGAGCUACGCAAGAAAAUUGCCCAAUGGAAAUCAGCCGGCGAGGAGGUUAUUGGAGCCGAACGGGUUCGCUUGUGGCACAUUGGCCACACUCGUGCUCAGUGUGGACCUACUCUAGCCUUUGAACACAUCACCGACUUGAACACUACCCUGGAUGCUUCAGCGGCUGCGGGCACUAUGCGAUUCUGGAUGGAGGCAAUUUCAGAGGACGAUGCGAAAUUAUUCGCUAUCCCCGAUCCUCCUUCGGCUACUACUACCGAGGACAAGCUUGAAGAGUCCAUCGUUGAGCAACUCAGUUCUGAAAGCAGUAGUUCACUGCCUUUAGUUAACACUGGAGACGCGGUUGCCAGCUCUUCUCGAGGUGACACGAGCCCUAUUGAGAGCUCCUUACCACCACUGGCAACCUCAUCCCCAGAAGCCGAUGCGAUGGCUGAAGAGCGAGCUGAGCACGAUGCCAUUCUGGCUAUUGCGGCAGCCAACGAUGUAAACUUGUCCACCCCUCAGCCAGCUGCUCCUAUUUCUGCUCCUGCAGAGUCCUCGCCGGUGACACCGACAGAGCCUGAAGUUACUCUACCCGUUGGCCACGCCUAUUACUUCAUCCAGAUUUUUGACGAGGACAAUCAGGUCCUCCGCACAGUGGGCUCAUUCUUCUCCAAGCUCGAGGCAAACGUCAAGGCAUCGAUCCGGAAGCACCUCAAGCGGACCAUCCGACAAGACUUCCUCAUGUGGAAGCGCGUGGACGGAACAACCGUUACCACCGUAUCCCCAGCCGAGAACUUCAUGGACGUCGUCGUCCCCCACGGAUCCUGCAUCAUCGUCGGGGACAAGCUGACAAAGGACAAACGUUCCAAACUCGGACUAUCAGGUCUAUUCUCCAGCCCAGAUCGCCUAGUCCAGUACCUCUGGGCCGCAUCCCGAAACCACCCUGUUCAAGGAUUCACUGGUACCAAGACAAUCGAAGCCACAUUUACUAGUGACUUCUACAGUGGCGAGUUCCUCAAGGGCUACUACCACGGACGAGGCAAACACCUCUCCGCUAGCGGAACAGUCUAUGAAGGUGACUUCAUCUUCGGUCGACGCCACGGCCAAGGAAAGAUGGAGUACCCCACCGGCGACACCUACGACGGCGACUGGGUUGAAGAUGUUCGUCAUGGACAGGGAACAUAUGUUGAGAAGAAGACUGGCAACUCGUAUGUUGGCGGGUACAAGGAUGGCAAGAAGUACGGCAAGGGUAUCAGCUACUGGGAAGUUGCUGAUGAGGAAGCGGAUUUGUGUCAGAUCUGUUACUCAGAAGAACAGGAUGCUGUCUUCAUUGAUUGUGGCCAUGUCUGCUCUUGCGUGACUUGCGCUAAGCAGGUGGAUCUUUGCCCUAUCUGUCGGAAGAGUAUCAAGAGUGUUAUCAAGAUUUAUAGGACAUGA